CUUUACACCCUUAACUUUCUCUAUAUUGGCCCUUCCAUUGCGGCAUUACACAAAAUCUUUAAGCUGAAGACAGGAAAUUUGUUAAGAUUGUCUGGUUUUCAAGUGUUCUGUCUGAGCGGGAAAGAAAAAAUUAGCUUAGGAUGGCUGCUGUAGGAAGAAACAUAGCAGCUCCAUUGCUGUUUCUGAACUUGUUCAUGUAUUUUAUUGUGCUGGGAUUUGCUAGCUGGUGUAUUAAUAGGCAUAUCAAUGGCCAGACUGCUCAUCCCAGUAUGGGUGGAAAUGAAGGAACCAGUUUCUUCCUGACCUUUUCAAUCUUGGCUGCUGCAGUAGGCAUAGUAUCAAAGUUAUCAGGGGGGCUCCAUAUCAGGUCAUGGAGAGCUGAUAGUCUGGCUGAAGCAGGAUCAUCUGCACAUAUAGCUUGGGCCUUGACUGCACUAGCCUUUGGGUUUGCUUGCAAGCAUAUAAACAUAGGAGGGUGGAGAGGAUGGAGGCUGAGAAUACUUGAAGCAUUCAUAAUAAUCCUCACAUUCACCCAACUUUUGUAUGUCUUGUUGCUCCAUGCCGGUGUGUUCAGCAGCAGGUAUGGACCAGGGUACCGAGACGCUGACUAUGGCAUUCGUGCACCAGGGGACGAGCCGGUGUCCAAGGCUGGCUCUGCAGUGACGGGGUCUAGGGUUUGAAGGAGCAUCGUCUUUACUAGAUAAAGAUGUAACUGUUUAUUUUCAAUUUCGUUGUUGAUUUGGAGUUAAUGAUCAGUUCAAUUUGGAUUUAACCUUUUUAAAUGUAAUUGUGUAAGUACACUAGGUCAUCUUUUCAUGUUCCUAUGAUGUUUGUGGACAUGGAUUUGCAGGAUAUCUGGUGUGUAAUGUUUAAUGACACUGGCAUUUCUAAUGGUACAUUUUGGGUGUUUUGGUUGUUAAA